AUGUCCGGUUACGAUCUCGACACCAAAGCCUUCUGGACUCGGACAAACAGGCUCUUUACUCAAUGGGCGCAAGCUGAGAAGGAUGUCGAUCUGGAAGGACUGAGAGGCGUCGAUGGGCUCGCCGUGAUCGUAGGAGAUGCCGAGGAAGACACUGGGGUUCCAAAGAAGGGGGUCGCACUCCAGACCUGGAUGUUGGGGUUUGAAUUCCCUUCGACCAUCCUCGUGUUCCGUAAAUCCGAUUCGGGGAAGAAGAUCCUCUCCCAGAUCACGAGCACCAACGACAUCUCAUUCGAAAUCCACGCCCGACCCAAGGACGCCGCCGGAGGUCUAAAGGCCACUGAGGAGUUUGUGGAAAAGAUUAAAGAAGGGUCGGGAAAGCUCAAGUUGGGGCAUUUCGUUAAAGAUGCACCGAAGGGGAAGAUGAUGGAUGAUUGGACAGCUACCGUGGAAAAGGCUGGCGAUGCGAUCGAGAUGGUGGACAUAACGCCGUCUAUGUCGGUCGUGUUGGCACCAAAGGACGAACGCGAGUUGGAACACCAUACCAUUGCGUCCAGGCUAUGCUCGACCAUGAUGUCUACAUACUUCAAGCCGAAGAUGGAGGCUAUCAUCGACAAGGGCACAAAGGUGUCUCACGAAUACUUCUCAACGCUUUGUGAGGAAAAGCUCGGAAGCGAUGACAAGCCAGCAGACAUGAAAAUCUGGAACAAGAACAAGCAACUCGCCAAUGUCGAUUUCGGAUCCACAGAUUGGAUUUACACGCCAAUCAUCCAAUCGGGAGGCAAAUACGAUCUCAAGGUCAGCGCAGAAUCGAACCAGGACAACUUGAAGGCGGGCGUCAUCCUCGCCAGUUUUGGAAUCAAGUACAAGGACUAUUGCAGUAAUAUUGCCAGGACGUUCAUGAUCGCGCCUCAAAAGUCCCAAGAGGCGAACUACGUCUUCCUGCUUGACCUGCAGCAGGCGGUGUUGAAGAAGAUGAAGGCAGGAGUCCCGGUCAAGGAGGUGUACGACUUUGCUCUGAGCCACGUGCAGAGCAAGAAACCAGAGUUGGCGGACAAGAUGGUGAAGAGCAUCGGUUUCGGAACUGGUAUCGAUUAUCGAGACAGUGCCUAUGUCAUCAACGCGAAAAGCACCAGGACGUUGAGGGAGAACAUGGUGUUCAACUUGGCUCUUGGAUUUGCCAACAUUCCGGAUCCUCAGAACAAAAGCAAAACUUAUGCCAUCCAGGUUGCGGAUACCGUCAAAGUCGGUCAGGACACUGGUAUUUUGCUCACCGAGGGAACGAAGAAGGUGCACGAGGUGAUCUUGGAUGAAGAUGAGGAAGAGGCCUCUGAGCCGGAGGAACGACCCAAAGCCAAGAAGUCGGAUCCCAAGCCAAAAGAUGUCCCUACCAAGAGCGUCGUUGUAGGGAACAAGGUCCUUCGAGCCAAGACCCGGAACCAAGGCAAGGAAGUGGAUGAAUCCAAGGCAGAAAAGCUCAAGCAGCAUCAGCGAGAACUUCAUGAAGCCAUUCAGAAGACGGGAGUUGCGAAGUACAAGGGUUCCAAGGAUGGCAAGAGCGGUGGAGAGGGCAAGACAUGGAAGAAGUUUGAGAGUUAUCGACGUGAAGAUCAGCUUCCAGCGGCCGUAAAGAACAAGAGGAUCUACAUCGACGAAGUAAAGUCGACCGUCAUCUUGCCCAUUCACGGUUUCAUUACUCCGUUCCAUAUCUCGACGAUCAAGAACGUCAGCCUGACAGACGAGGGUGAUCAGAGCAUGCUCCGUAUCAACUUCCAGUCUCCUGGUCAAAUCCUGGGGAAGAAAGAGGAUACGCCUUUCGAAAACCCGAACGCGACCUUCAUUCGAAGCGCGACGUUCCGGUCAUCCGACAAGACACACAUGGCGAGAGUGUCCGAGGGCAUCACCAACAUGCGAAAGGCUCAGAACAAAAGAGAGACGGAGAAGAGGGAUCUUGCUGACGUUGUCGAACAGGAGAAGUUGAUCGAGUUGAAGGGCCGAAGACCCCACAAACUCACGGAUGUUCAUAUCCGUCCCGCUUUGGACAACAAGCGUAUCGCGCCUGGAGAAUUGGAAAUCCACCAGAACGGUCUGCGGUACCAUGCUCAAUCCGGAGCGAAAGUCGACCUUUUGUUCAGCAACAUCAAGCAUCUAUACUUCCAACCGUGUGACUCCGAGAUGCACGUCAUUAUACACGUUCACCUGAAGGCACCUAUUAUGCUGAGCGGCAAGAAGAAGGCCAAGGAUGUGCAAUUCAUCCGUGAAGUGACAGAUGCUGCAUUCGACGAGACGGGUAAUCGAAAGCGAAAGUCGCGAUACGGGGACGAGGAUGAGAUCGAACAGGAACAGGAGGAACGCCGCAAGCGCCAACAGCUCAACAAGGAGUUCCAAACAUUCGCUGCCAAGAUCGCGAACACAGCAGAGGACAACCCCGAUUGCGAAUUCGAGGUAGACGUUCCCUUCCGAGAACUCGCAUUUUCUGGUGUACCUUUCCGAAGCAACGUGCUUCUCCAGCCGACAGCCGAGUGUCUUGUCCACUUGACGGAUGCACCUUUCCUGGUCAUCACGCUGAAGGAGGUCGAAGUGUGUCACUUGGAGCGAGUGCAGUUCGGCCUCAAGAAUUUCGAUAUGGUCUUUGUCUUCAGCGACUUCACGCGGGCGCCCGUACACAUCAACUCGAUACCGAUGGAGCAACUGGAUGACGUCAAGUUAUGGCUAGACUCUGUCGACAUCGCAACAUCGGAAGGUCCGGUCAACUUGUCGUGGCCUGCCAUUAUGAAGACGAUCCAAGAGGAUCCUCAAGACUUCUACAAGAUGGGCGGCUGGACCUUCUUGACCGGUGAUGGCUCGGACGAGGAAGACAGCGAGAGCAGCGCCGAGAGUGCCUUCGAGGCCAGUGAUCUGGAUCAGAGCGAGAGUGACGGCUUCAGUGAUAGCGAUGACGAAGACGACUUUGACGAAGACGCCAGUGACGAGGACUUCAGUGGUGAAGACGAUGAUGACGAGGGCAUGGACUGGGACGAGCUGGAGAACAAGGCCAAGCGAGAUGACGAGCGCCACCGAGCCGAGAAGGGUCAUGACUCUGAUGAAGAGGCCCGCCCAAAGGGCAAGGGUAAGAGGCGAUGA